CCAAAGCUACCAUUUCCUUUCAGCUCUCUGCAAAGCCCUAGGGCUCACGAAACACAGUUGAAAUCCAAGAAAGAUAGCUAAAGAUAAAAAGCAAAAAUGGUGGCAACGAAUCUGAAAGCAGAAACGACGAAUCUGAUGGACAAAAGGAGUGGUUUGGAAGUGGAGAUGAAUGUCAUAAUCGAGCGUCUCUGUCAACCUGGCGGCCCUGGUCUCUCCGGCAACCUCGUUGAUUCCGAGGGGUUUCCUAGGUCUGAUAUUGACAUUCAGACAGUGCGAGCAGACCGCCAUAGGCUUGCUGAGCUGCGGAAUGAUCACAAGGAUAUCACGGAGAAAAUAGAUCAAAAUAUUCAAAUCCUGCAUUCGGCAAGGCUUACUCCUACCUUUGCAUCCAUAACUCCUUCAGGUGAUGUUGAUGGGUCAAAUAAUGAAGGCACGUUUGUCAGUGUUGGUGCAUCUGCAUCUUCCAACAAUGUGCUUCCCAGAGACACUAUCAGUGCCAUGGAUAUGGAUGUAGUUGUCAGCAGACCCUUUGCAAUGGUUGAUGAAAUAACUGAGGCAUCCCCAGCAGCAGAGGAUGGCAUACAACUUGGGGACCAGAUUGUAAAAUUUGGGAACGUGGAAUCUGGUGAUAAUCUGUUACCAAGACUUGCUGCUGAAGCACAGACAAAUCAAGGUUGUGCCGUACAUAUGGUUGUUUUGAGACAUGGUGCUGUGGUUAACUUAACAGUGACACCCAGAGUAUGGCAAGGUCGCGGCCUGCUGGGGUAUGUUACAUAUUUAAUUUUCGUCAAGGUCAUUCAUCUGGGGCUACUGGAACUCACUUAUCCUUUGAUUUGCUAUGAAAAACUGUUUUUCUGUUAAGAAAGGCUAUUAGGAACUGUUUGGCGAUUGCUUUCUAGCUCUUAGAAGCUAUUUCUCUUCCACAUUUAUGUGCUUCUUACAUCAUUUUUUUGUUAAUUUGACUCUCUCUCUCUCUCUCUCUCUCUCACACACACACACACACACACACACUCGCGUGUACACAACCAUUGAACUUCUUCAUUUGUAAUGGUAGAUUUUGAGAAGGAUGAGUUUUUGGACUCUCUUAAUUCACGUUGACUCGUUGCACUUUAAAGUAUGGAGAUCAUCAAAGUAGUACCAUUUUGAAACAAUUAACUUCAUAAAAGAAAGUGUAUUGGUUAUUUUUUAAUAAGAUUAUUUUUUGAAAAAUAAAUUGUCAAUAUUACUUUUUUUGGCAUAUUUUUAUCUCAUACAUGCCUAUGCUAAAAAACUUAAAAAUCGCCACAGCUUCAUUAAAUAUUCAAGAUAGCAUCAUAUAUUUUAUUAUACAAUAAAACUGAUAAGAUUCAACCUUUCAGCAUGCUCUUUGGUUGUGUCAUUUGCCAUUGAGUACUACUAACUCUGUUGUGUGGGAAUACUUGCAGAUGCCAUUUCCGAAUCUUGUAAUGGAUUAUAUUUCCAUUUCAUUACAUAGAGGUGGAUUUGGGUAAUAUUCUGGCUGCUGCAAGAGAUUGUAAGAUAGACUUGUCUACUUGGAAGUUGUAAUUCAUAGUUUGUAUUUUGGGAGUUGCAAGACAAUGUGAUGUAGACAGUUGUUUUGAUAUUACACUCUUUUUUGUCAGUCCAUAAUUCAAAGUUGACAGAAUCAUUUACUCUCCUUCAUUCGUUUACGUUCUUAAUCUCAUCAAAUAUGCAAGGGAACUUCUUGUUGACUG